AUGCAAGGCCUUUUCUCAUCGCUCGCAGACAAGGCCCAAUCGGCACUCAACCAGACACCCCUUGGCCGCACGACCUCCAACCAGAGCACACAGGGCGGUCAAUCCCCUGGCUCCAGUAUCCUCAAAUCACAUGCGUUCGAAAGCAUCCACCACCAACUUCGCAGCUUUCAGCAGCAAUACUCGAGCUCUGUGACCCCAGUACAAAAGAUCAUUACUACUCAGAAGGGUCUCGCGCUCGAUUUCGAUAGCGUGAGCCGCGAUGCCCAGGCCCACAGCAAGGAGCUAUACAUGUGGGGCCAGACUGAGACCGAGGAUCUCAAGGACGUGAGCGACCGUUUGGCCUGGUUGGCUUACAUUGAAGGCUCCCUGGCCGCUGCCCUCGCAAAGGAGAUCGAUGCCUCACGUGCCCCGAUCAAGGCGUUACGCGAUGCUGAGAAUAGCAUCAGUGGUAGGCGCAACAUCCGUGCGAGCUUCGAGAACCAGAUCGCUCGGAUCGAGCACGAUCAGCGCCAUGGCAUGGACCAGAAGCUUGCAGAGCUCAAGAGCCAGCUUCGCAAGGCGGAGGCUGACGAUGAGCCGCUCGAGAAGGAGAUUGAGUUGUUGAAGAGAAAGGCAUUGAGAGAAAGUGAAACAGCCAAGUGGAACGCUGUUCGGGAGUAUGCAGAGAAGCUCUCGCUGGUGGCCCAGGCUGCCACGGCGGCCAUUCCAGCGCUCCCUGACAUUCCUUCUUCAAAGGAGCGGCCCUACACCGGAGCGCAGCUCACCGCUUCAGUACGAGCCACCCUGCAGCAAGCGCUCGACCACUGGACAGUUGGUGACACUAAACUCAAGCUUCGGGAUCCAUCUGCGGCCGACCUCAACAGGUCAGAUACCCGCAGCUUCGGCGUGACCCACGCCCAAGAGCUUGCUCGCAUUAACUCUGCUGAUCCUCAUGCGAAGAGCAACAUUCCAGUUACGCCGCCUGCUACCAGCGAACACCCCCCUCAAGCACCAUCGCAUAACGCAAACGCCCCCAACCCAUCUUCCGUCCCCACUGCAUCUCCUCAACCAACAGUGCCUCCGGUCGCCGCGGGUUCCGAGUCAAAGGCCACGCCACCUCCCACGACCUCGCCUCCCCUGAACCCUGCCAAUCUCAACCAAACACCUGCGCCCAUUCCCGCGAGAAUUUCUCCUCCCUCUGUUGUGUCGCCAGACCCUGCCGAACCCGCUGUGAAGGUCCCGAUUGUCACACCGACCGUUGCGGAAACGGGUGUUCCACAGUCAGCCGGCCCCGAGGGUCCCGGCCCCGCUAGUGGCUCUUUAAAGGACAUAAAGCAUUCUUCCCCCAUUCUCAGCCCCAUAAGCGGCACCGCCGUUGCGACGGGUGAUCUCUCGGGAUAUGGCGGUGCAGCCGCAGGAGUCUUGCAGCCCGAGAGCGCGGAGGAAGAGAAACGGAGGCUCGAGCGCAGCAGCAUAGGCGCCCCAUGA